GCAGCAGCAGCAGCAACAACAGUUCCGCAGAGCACCGACUUCCUUCUCUCAAUUCGUUGCUCUCGAGACGGGAAGUACAUGGUAGUACCAGCGGAUCGCUCUGUUGCAGGAAUUUCCCCAGGUGCAUGCACUCCGCAGAAGCUGUGGGCAAUUGUACGAGAGCAGAAUAACAAUCGACACGUCUUGCAGGAGAAUGACGUCAUCAAACUAGGCCGCUACAAGCUGAGAGUCAAGCAGCUCGUGACGCAUAGCAGCAAGCGAGAGGAUGAAGGCACUCAUCCCACGGAGAUUCCAGAUCUGCGUCUAGACGACGGAGAGCCGCCUAUGUCGUUCAUUGCUUCAAACGACAUGCAGUGUCGCAUCUGCUUGCUGGAGGGUAACCAGGAAGGAGAUCCCCUAAUUUCGCCGUGCGACUGCAAAGGAUCCAUUCGCUUCGUCCAUCUGGAGUGUCUGCGUCACUGGAUCACUGGGCGGCUCAACUUCCACGAGCAGCAGCAGAAGCCUAUUUUUGUUCGCCAGCUGCUGUGCGAGCUUUGCAAGAUUCCAUAUCCGACGGCCAUUAAUUAUAACAACAAACGGCUGCAAGUGGUAACGGUGCCUAAGACAGAGCCGCCUUUUCUCGUGCUGGAGAACAUGGUCGGCUCGCAUCAGAAAGGCGUUCAUGUCAUAAGCAUGAGUGCCAAGAAGGAUCUCAAGCUUGGUCGAGGUCAUGAAUCCGAUGUGCGCAUCCCUGACGUUUCAAUUUCCCGCUAUCACGCCACCAUUCGCUUUGUAGAUGGCGCUUUCCAGCUGGAAGACCACAACUCGAAAUUCGGAACCCUCGUUUCUCUUCGGAAAGCUUUUGCGGUUGGCGAUUCGGUGGCAGCGCUUCAAGUAGGGCGCAGUGUUGUGAAGCUCUCGGUUGAUUGCUCGGCAGCAAAUGAAGAGGCAGUCGUGGAAAUUUCAGACGUUCCUGCUUCCACUCAUUUUCGUAAGGGCUUUUAG